GUGGAAGCCCAGCCGCAUGCCGACUACGGCGCGCUCACUCAUUGCCUUCAUUACAACCUACACCGUAAUCUUCGAUCCUGUUGAGACUGCUCGUGCAGCGCCUUUAUCCUCGACGCGGACCCGCCCAUAUAACGGAUACAAUCCCGGCGAACCCCGCAAACUCGCCCCGAUCGUCGCCGUCCGUCACUUGCCAACCUCUUUGACAUCCAUCUCAGAGCCUACCAUCGAAUCGAAGAUAGUAGCAUCUCCCAUUCCAGCGACUACUACUGCGGCGUAGAAUCGCGCAACGGUGCGGUGAGGAGGCGCAUGCGGAAAGAUGUCUUCGCCUUCGCCGCCGAAGCCAUGGGAGACGAGCGGAGGUGCCACCAGUGCCUCGGUUGGACUCGCUGGGUCGAAUAACACCAUGGCACCCACCGCGUCAGCCACAUCCUCAAACGCUCCUCCGUUACCAUCGGUACCAGAUUCGCUCAGCACAGUCGCAAACCGCAACGCCUCAAAUUACUCCAACAUGAACAGUCGAUACACAUCACCCUACAGCAGUGGCUAUGGCGGUAUGAACAGCUACAGCUCGCCCUAUUCUAGUCUAGGUGGAGGUUACGGAUCCAUGUAUGGAGGCAUGGGCGGCAUGGGUGGUAUGGGCAGCAUGUAUGGCGGCAUGGGCGGCAUGGGAAUGGGUAUGGGAGGCAUGUACGGAGGGAUGGGCAUGCCCGGUGACCCAAACAACCAGAACAGCCUCACGCAAUCGUUCAGCCAAAACACUGCAGCAACAUUUCAGUUGAUUGAGAACAUUGUUGGCGCUUUCGGCGGUUUUGCGCAGAUGCUGCAGAGCACAUACAUGGCCACACAUUCGUCAUUCUUUGCUAUGGUUUCGGUCGCAGAACAAUUCGGAAAUCUACGACAGACGCUUGGCUCAGUUCUGGGGAUUUACACAGUUAUGCGAUGGAUACGAACGGCGAUUGCCAAAAUCACUGGACGGCCACUACCAGCAGAUGCGACGAGCUUGACGCCUGCGAGCUUCGCGGCCUUCAACGGACGGAUGCCAGAUGGCUCACCAGCCCCCGCAAAGCCAUCGAAGAAACCUUUCAUCGUUUUCAUGCUGGCAGUCUUCGGUCUACCAUAUCUGAUGGGCAAGCUCAUCAAAGCCCUUGCGCGGUCGCAGGAGGAGGAGGAGAAGCGGAAAAUGGCGGAGAAUCCACAAGCGUUCGGCCAACCGCUUGAUCCUAACAAGCUUGAAUUCUGCCGCGCACUUUACGACUUCACCCCGAAUGCCAAUAUGCAAGGCAUGGACUUGUCGGUCAAGAAGGGCGACAUGGUCGCUGUACUGAGUAAGAGCGAUCCAAUGGGCAACCCUUCGGAGUGGUGGCGGUGCCGUUCGAGAGACGGAAGGAUGGGGCACCUUCCCGGGAUCUAUCUGGAGACGAUCCAGCGAAAACAGCCUGCACAAAUCACUAGCGGAAGCCAGAGCGGAAGCCCGGCUGGUAGUAGGGCUCAGACGAUGACGAGCAGCAGUGCUGCGAGCAGGACUGCUACAAUGACGGAGGGCAAGGCGCCAGAAAAAGGGCCUAAGAUGGAGAGCAAGGCUGGUGACAUGGGUGUUGAAAGCUUUCAGAAGGGCGCCUUCUACUCAUAAUUAUUCAGCGACGCUUUUGCGCAUUGUUUCUUGUAUAUUGCGAUUCUCAUAGCAGGCCGGGUAGGCCUGAUAUUUCAAGGUUGGGCCCAAGUGCCCCAGCGGGACUUUCUUGUGUAUUUCUUGUGUAUGUUAGUGGCUGGGAACAGAUACAGAUGGGCGUAUGGCGAGCAACGAUAUUAUUGACACUUGGUACCUGAGCUUGUCUUCCC